AUGCAGUUCAAACCUCGCCCGGCCCGCAUAUUUUCCCCCUUUAUCAUCCUCUUGACGAUAUCCAGCAUAUUUCCACCUCUCGCCCUCGCUACAAACUAUCCUCGCAAAGGAGAAAACCACAAAUGGCCAGACGUCUCACAAGAUCUACCCAUCCAGCCCCAGACCUGCAAUACGACCUCCAUGACCACCGGUCAGUGUACCCUCACAAACCUCAUGGCUGUUCCUGUGUCCAUCGGAAAGACUAGAAAUCAAAGAUCCAGUUUAAUUAUCUACGACUCGAAAUGCAAUGAGAUAGGACGCCAAGAUGACGUUAUUCAAAAUGAUAAAGAUAUUGCGAUUCAUUCGACUCUUCCGGAGAUGGUCACUAUUAGAGAAUCGGAAAUGGGGGCGGGAAAAUUCAUUACGUUUAAAUAUUCGAGCCACACGGGCACCAAAGAUGACUUUCUUUGCUAUAGUACCGGAUGGGAUGCUCAUCAUCAGCAAAUUAAAGCUUGUUCUGCGCCGUUCAAUUGCACGGCUGCUGCAGAUUCUGCUGCAACCGUUAACAGCUUGGACUUGGAUGUUCUCUUGAUAGGUGUACUAGCUUUGGUCGUAGCUGUUACGAGCUGA